GGUUAGCACGUUGCUGCAGCAGUCUUAAAAAAUAAACAAUUUAAGUAGCAAACUUUUUUCUACAACCUUUUUCACACAAUAUGGCGGAUGUUGUAGAAGAUAUGAAAGAACUCGUGAUUGGCCCGGGAGAAACUUACACAUCAGAAAAAAACGGUAGCGAUGAACAUGGUAAUGGUACGCAAGAAAAACCCUUCAAAACGGUACUUGAAGCUUUACGCCGUGCAGGACAAGAACCUUUCCCCGCUAUUUUCGUUGAUGGAAAAUCAGAAGAUAAGAAGUAUGAGCCAGCAUCUGCAUCGUCUAUGAAGAAAAUGAUUAAGGUGUUCAAAGCAGAGCAAAAGAAAACCAAUGAAAAGGCCAAAAAGGAGGCAGAAGAUGCAGAGAAAAGGGUGAAGAACUUGGAAGAGGCAAAAAAAAUUGUCAUUAAAGAAGAUUCAUCCCUGCCACCUGCUCAAUUGGCGAAAAUUUCAAAAUUAGAGCCCCUGAGAGGUCAACGCGUCAAAGUGUUUGGUUGGGUACAUAGACUACGACGUCAAGGGAAAGCAUUGAUGUUUAUUACUCUCCGUGACGGAACUGGCCUUCUACAGUGCGUCCUGUCAGAUCAGCUUUGCCAGACUUUCGAUGCAGUUACCCUCAGCACAGAAUCGUCCGUGCAGCUAUUCGGCACCCUAAAACUAGUGCCUGAAGGUAAGAGUGCUCCAGGAGGUCACGAAUUGAACGUAGACUACUGGAAACUGAUUGGAUCGGCACCCCCUGGUGGCGCGGAAGCUUUGCUGAACGAGGAUGCCCAUCCGGACGUUCAGCUCGAUCAGAGGCACAUGAUGAUUCGCGGUGAAAACACGUCUAAAGUACUAAGACUUCGUUCUGUUAUUACGCAAGCCUUCAGAGAUCAUUAUAGUUCUCGUGGUUACAACGAAGUAGCACCACCUACAUUCGUUCAGACUCAAGUAGAAGGUGGUUCGACCUUGUUCGAGCUCAACUAUUUUGGGGAAAAGGCCUAUUUGACGCAGAGUUCUCAGUUGUACUUAGAGACGGCGAUUCCUGCUUUAGGUGAUGUUUACUGCAUUGCCCAGUCUUAUCGUGCUGAACAAAGCCGUACGCGUCGCCAUCUCUCGGAGUACUCGCAUGUCGAGGCUGAAUGUCCAUUUAUCUCAUUCGACGACCUUCUUGAUCGACUCGAGGACUUGGUAGUUGACGUCAGCGAACGCGUUAUGGCGUCACCUUUCGCCAACCUUGUUCUCGAAUUGAAUCCGAAUUUCGUCGUUCCCAAGAAACCUUUUCGACGCAUGAACUACUCGGAAGCAAUUGUUUACUUGAAAGAAAACGGCAUCACUAAAGAAGAUGGGUCAUUCUACGAAUUCGGAGAGGAUAUUCCUGAAAUGCCGGAGAGAAAAAUGACGGACAAAAUCAACGAACCUAUAAUGCUCUGUCGUUUCCCAGCCGGUAUCAAGGCCUUUUACAUGAAACGGUGCCCGGAAGAUCGCCAAUUGACUGAAUCAGUGGAUCUGUUAAUGCCGGGUGUUGGAGAAAUUAUUGGUGGUUCCAUGCGUACUGAUGAUCACGAUGAGCUAGUUGAAGCCUUCAAAAAGGCUGAAAUUGAUCCCACUCCGUACUACUGGUAUAUUGAUCAGCGGAGAUUCGGAACGAGUCCUCAUGGCGGUUACGGUCUUGGCUUGGAGCGUUUUCUUUGCUGGAUGCUGAACCGUUUCCACAUCCGUGAGGUCUGCCUGUAUCCUCGUUUCUUGGACCGCUGCAAGCCGUAAAGUGCAUCUUCAUUACUUGCUUAUAAAGCAGAGGGAGGUUAUCAGGAAAUUGGAGGCAAAAAGUAUUUAAACCUAAUGAUAGUUGGUGCUUGUAAGUCAUUUAAAAUCAGUAUGUGAAAUAAGUAAGUAGUUCGUUCCAUGCGGGAGGGUUGAACAUCUCUUCGAUGGCAUAGAGGCAAGGUUCUUUUCAAAUCCCCUUCUCUACCCCAUGCAUAAAGCGGCCGAAUGAGGCAAUUGAAAAUUAAUCCGUCAUUUGAAACUAGAAGGAUUUGUUCUCCUUCCCUCUACCAGCGGCAUAAUAAAGUCCCUUGUCUAGUUCUUA